AUGAAUCUCGUAUUGAAGAAGAUUUAUUUAUUCCUAGGUUAUGGGCACGUGACGCCCCAAACACAAUAUGGGAAGCUUCUCACAAUGCUGUAUGCCGUCAUUGGGAUUCCCCUGUUCUUCAGUUACCUCUCUAAAAACGGUGAUAUGAUGGCCUCAGUCUUUCGUCUGGCUUAUGCUCGGGGUUGUAAGCCAGUAUUUAGGUUGAUCAGUCGACGACGCAGCCGUUUCACGGCGAAAAAUGGGCUGUAUAACACCAUGCAAUCCUUUGCAUUAAUCGCGAAUCUCGAUGCCGCCGUUACGCGCCUGCAUCGCAAAGACUCUAUAGAUUCUAAUGACUCAACGAACCUUCAUCGGAAUCCAUCCGUACUUUCUUCAAAAACAAUCCGAAGUGAUGGAAAAGUAAAGGUGAAAUAUCCUCGUCCACUCAAGAGGUCAAUGUCAAGUAAAAGUCUUCGUGAGAUGAGGCGGAAUGCGGUCGCAGAAUUGGGCUCUCGCCGGUCGACGGAAGAAGAUGGUACCCGUACGAUUGGACCUAGUACAAAAUUAGUCAUGCCGUCUUCCACAACUUUGGACUCUUGUAACAAACAAUAUCGAAAGUUCUUUUCCACCGGUAACGAAAACACGUCCGCAUCAGUUUAUGGAAUUAAUGGCAGCACCAACUACAAUGGGGCUUCACGGAAGUUGAUGUUCCACAAUAAAGCCAAGGCAUCUUUAGAGGAUAAACCAGUGAAUGUACCAAUAAGCCUCACUCUUUGUAUGAUGUUUAUCUACAUCUUGAUUGGAGCUACUGUCUUCUGCAUGUGGGAGAACCCGGACUAUAUCAAGUGGUCUUACUUCUGUUUUGUGACGUUAUCAACAAUUGGAUUUGGAGACAUCGUCCCUGGCACAAAGAUAGACUCAGAAAAUCCGAAGGAGAAAAUGAUAGCCCUGAUCUUCUACGUCUCAAUUGGCCUGUCUUUCUUCGCAAUGUGUUUCAAAUUAAUGGAGGAAGAGGCAAUGAACAAGCUGCGUCGAAUCGGUCAGCGAAUGGGAAUACUUAAACGGCCAGAGGUGGAACAGGCAGCCAAACUUAUUAAAACUGCCGACGUCAAUUUUAUUCCUCUCGAUGGUGCCGCUGCUAAAAAACUCACUUCCAACAGUCACAAAAGUGCCAAUGUCUCCCAUUUAUCUGGACUUCGCUCAGCAUUAUGA